AUGAGCAACAACAAUACUAAAAUUCCCCAGUCCAUCUCGAAAAAAAAUGAAUCUGAAAAAAUACAUCGAUUUGUAAUUGCAGGUGGAUCUUAUGCUGCUAUUUCUGCAAUAAAAGUAUUAGGAAAUGAUAUUCUUCCUCGUAUGAUUGCAGACAAAUCAAGUAACUUUAAAAUAGCAAUCACCGUCAUUGCUCCAAAUCGCGAAGCAUAUUGGAAUGUUGCAGCAGUGCGAAUAAUUUCAGAAGUUGAUCUUUUAGAAACAAAUACAAAACAACUUUUUUAUCCUUUAGUCGAUACUUUUAAACAAUAUUUCCCCCCAGAAUACCUCCACGGAUUAAAUAUUAUUCAAGGGAAAGUAAUUUCAGUAGAUCCUGAAACUAACACUGUUUCCUAUAUCCGUCUUGACGAUAAUGGCCCAGCUAAUGAUGACUUCAAUUUUUUGGGCCAAGAACUCUUCUACGACAGUUUAAUUUUAGCUACAGGUGCAUCUUCUUCUUCAGCUGCCUUUAAAUUAAAUGGAACGUCAGAAGAAAGCAAAUCCGCUUUAAGGGAACUUCAUAACUCUGCACAUGCUGCUCAAUCCAUUGCUAUAAUUGGCGGUGGUGGUGUAGGUGUAGAACUGGCAGGUGAACUUGGCUACAAGUACGGGAAAACUAAAAAAAUCACUCUUUUUACUGAAUUAGGAAGGGCAUUGCAAUACCUUAAGCCCAAAAUAUCGGAAAAGGCCAUCAAAAGACUUGAAGAAUUAGGUGUGGAAACCGUUGUUAAUCACAGAGCAGUUUCAAUUGUUCGCGAUGACGAUUCAUAUGAAAUACAAUCCCCAAAUACUGAAGAGGAACAUCCACACGAAUACAAUAACGACAUUACUGCAUCAAAAACUCAUAAAAGUACAUCAAACGAGUUAAAACCUCUCACAUCUACAUCAACUAAUGGUAGACUUCAUAAAUUAAUACAUUUACAUCAUGGCAAUACUCAUGGAGAUAAUGGAACUUUCAAUGAGUCUUCAAGCGAUAAUUCUUCUCAAGGAAGUUUAGAUACAGAAAGUUCAACAUUAGAUAAUUCAACGCACAAUUAUAACCAUGACUUGUCAAAGUUCCCAACAUAUCAUAAAAAACCAUCCCGGACAACAAUAACUUUCCAAGAUGGGAGUAAAGCAACAUAUGAUUGCUGUAUUCCUGCAACAGGAAAUACACCAAAUACUCAAUACCUUCCUGACGGAACGUUAGAUUCUGAAGGUUAUGUCCUUGCAGAUUCUUAUCUUCGCAUGUUGAAUGAUAAUCCCAAUAAAAAUAUUUAUGUAAUAGGUGAUCUUCUGUCUGGAGGAAGAGAAACUAUGGCAGAUAUUUCAAAUUCUCAGAUAUUAUCCUUAAAGGCUACAUUGAUUCAUGAUGUUGUUGAUUCCUCAUAUCCAUUAAAAAAAUACGUAAUAUCACCACCAUCAUACUUAGUCCCUAUUUCUAAAAAGGGUGGUGUUGGUACAAUGAAUGGCUUUACUGUUCCAAGCGUCGUUGUUACAAUGAUGAAAGGAAGAGAUUUUAGAAUGGAAGAGUCUCAUAAGUAUCUUGAAUAA